GAAGUAUUGUCGAAAAUGCAUUUCCGUCAUCAUAGCAAAGUGCUGGAGGAGGUGGUAGACCCACCGACAGACCGACCGACCGACCGAGCCGUUGUACCACAAGCAGCUGGACCCUACCCAACUCAACUGCGACCCUCACUGUAAAGCAACAUUAGUGCACUGUGGCACGGCGGAAUUGUGUUCCGGGGAAACUUACCCGUCCGUCAGUUAGUUAGUUACUUACUCGGUGUGCGGGACCCGAGUUGAGUGAGACCGUGUCGGAGCCGCUAUGUAUCAGCUGCAAACGUGAAAGGCAAGCAGCGGAAACGAAAAUGGCUAACGCUGGCUAGCCACAAACGAGCCGCCGGGCGGGCGGCCGGACUGGACUUGGUGCGAGCCCGAGCAGCCGAUCAUGACAGGCGGACCAAGGCCAGGCAAGGAAGGCAGGCACACCGUUUUGGUGGGAGCGGCGUGGCGUGGCGUCGACGAGGAUGAUGGCUGAAGGAUAAUGUAUAAGGAGUCAGUCGCCUUCCCCCAACCCAAAGUGACCGAUUGUCGUUGCUUUUUUUCUUCUCCCGCCCCCCCCCCCCCCCCCACCCCCCAUUUCAUGGAAUCGGUGUAUUCCACAGUGAGAUGGUAUACGGUUGAGUGUCUACUAUUUCUUGUAUGGGCACCCUGUUCAGAAGAAGACAGGCUUGCUCUUUAAUGUGCUAGGAUGUAAUUCAACAUCAAGUGUUUGGGUUGGAUUUCUCUCUGGCUAGUUUUCUUUCUCCUUUUCCACAACGGCGGCCAUGGUUCGAAAGAAAGGUUCCCUCAUCCUAUGCGGCGCAUUUCUCUUUGUUGCGUGGAAUGCUUUGCUUUUACUUUACCUUUGGGGCCGCCCGCCCAUGGGCCGCCUCGGGGGGGAGGGCGGCGGCGGUGGCGCCGAACCGGGAGGAAAUGUGGAGUGGGGUCUGAUCCGAGGCAAAGGAAGCCGGAUGGACCUGGCAGGGGAGGUGAUCCGGCUGGCGGAGGAAGUAGAACUUCAGCUUGAGACCCAGAAAAAGUGGUUGAAGCAGAUUGAAAGUCACCGGCAAGCAGCGCGGUCCAAGCGCAAAGACGUGGGCAAAGGAGACGACGAGGCCGUGACAACAAAGCACCACGUCCCGUCCCCAGCGCUUCAGCCCCUCCGGCCUCUGCUUGACCACGCGGAUAGCGAGCCCCGACCGAGUGUCGGAUCGUUUGCCGCGGUUGGCCCAGACGCUCGGCGGCGCCAAGCCACCGUAAUGGAGACGGGCGAGCGUGAUCAAUUGUCCGCUUUUGCCAGGCCCCCAGUCGUCAUUCCUAUCCUGGUCAUCGCUUGCGACAGAGUCACCGUCAAACGGAGUCUGGACAGACUGAUUCAGUACCGCCCUUCUCAAGAACUCUAUCCCAUCAUCGUGAGCCAGGACUGCGGUCACGCCGAAACGGCCGGCGUUAUCGCCUCCUACGGCGCUCAAGUGACGCACGUUCGCCAACCGGACCUGUCCGACAUCCGAGUGCGGCCGGAGCACAGGAAGUUCCAGGGCUACUACAAAAUUGCCCGACAUUAUCGCUGGGCACUGAACCAAGUGUUCGACACGUUUGCGCAGUCCACGGUGGUCAUCGUGGAGGAUGACCUGGAGGUGGCACCAGACUUCUUUGAGUAUUUCCGCGCCAUGUACCCAAUCCUGCGCGCCGACCCGACUUUGUGGUGCGUGUCCGCCUGGAACGAUAACGGCAGAGAGGCCUUGGUGGAUCCGUCCAAAAGCGCUCUUCUCCACCGGACAGACUUCUUCCCCGGUCUGGGCUGGAUGCUGCUGAAGGAAUUGUGGGACGAGCUGGAACCCAAAUGGCCUUCGGCGUUCUGGGACGAUUGGAUGCGCCUGCCGGAGCAACGCAAGGACCGCUCGUGCGUUCGCCCGGAAAUAUCGCGCACCAUCACCUUUGGCCGAAAAGGCGUCAGCUUAGGUCAAUUCUUUGACCAGUAUCUGCGCUACAUUCGACUGAACACGGAAUUUGUGCCUUUCACCAAACAAAACUUCUCUCAUUUGCUGAAAGGCAACUACGACGAGAAGUUUAUCAAAGACGUUUACGGCGCCCCGCCGGUGAAGAUCGAGGAACUGCAACAGGGGGGAGCUUUAAGAGGACCCGGUCCGUACAGAGUCAACUACUCCAGCAGGGAUAGUUUUAAAGUCCUCGCUCGGAAUCUGGGGGUGAUGGAUGACUUGAAAUCCGGAGUCCCGCGGACAGGCUACCGGGGCGUGGUGGCUUUCCUGCACCGCGGCCGCAGAGUCUUCUUGGCUCCGCCGGAAGGCUGGACGCGAUACGAUGUCAGCUGGAGUUGAGACGCCUCCGGAAAGGCAGAUGUUGGGAAUCCUCAGAGGUGCCCAAUCCUGAAGAUGGAAUUCCAACAGCACACCAGGGGGGCGGGGGGCUGUUACGGCACCAACCAACCACACGCACACACACACGCUUCAAUGUCAUGAGAGCAAAAUUCCACUCUUGAACACAGCUUUUGGCACAGUGCCUUUCUUUUUUCAGCCACCCAUCAAGUUGUAUGGUUAGGUUUGCUCCGAAAUAACCUGACGGACAGCAGCUGUAAAUAAUCUUGGGUCAUCCUGCACGUUUCAUAUUCCAGUGUCAGGCCAAAAAAGAGUUGGGAACUCUGUCAAUGUGGUGCAAAUGGUUCCAUCUGUCAAACAAUCAAACAGCUAUGAUGAUAGAUAGCUGGCCUUUAUGAGCGGCAGACGGGAAUAUCUGGCCUAUUCCAGCCAGCCAGCCAAAUAUGAUGGAGCUGACCUGCGGAGUCCGAGUGUUGAAAUUCAAGACUAAUAAGCUGAAGUGAAUACUAAUCAUUUUGUGACAAGUCCAAAAGCUUUAUUAGCUUCUCCAGUUCACAUCCUGCAAUAACCAAAACAUGUCAUUUGGUGGUGGUGGUGGUGGUGGUGGUGGUACAGUUCCGUUUGACCACUGAGCAUUGCAUUGAUUUUGAAACAAGCGCUCACAAACAGGUUAUUGUGGUCUUUAUCAAUUGUGCAACUUUUAUAAAAUCAUUGGCUGUCUCUUGUCCCAGUAAAGUGUUGCUUGACAACAACUUUACUAUUUCUACCGAAGUAUUUUUCUAAUCACUGCCCCCAAUGUUUUGUCCAUUCGUGGAAAAAGAAUGGCAGAAAAGUAACCGGAUGGAUGCUGAUAACCGUAGAACAUGUACUUAUCCUAUCUAUUAGGAUUCAUUUGUUCACUGCCAUGGAAGAAGUCAAAGGUGAAUUUUAGCUGAGCAAUGGCAGUCAAGGAUGGUGGACUUUUCUUUUUGUUGUCGUCGCCGUUGUUGCUUGGAAUUCGAGCGGAAGCAAAACGUCCAGAUAAAAGCUACCAGUGAGUGUUUGUGUCUAUUGUUCAUUUCCUCUCUGAUAAUAAUAAUACUAAUUAAAAAACCACUUUCAUGGUGUCCUCAAAAUGGACACGCUCCAACAUGCACAUGCUCUUUGCAAGUGCCAUGUCAUGUGAUGUUUUGUUGUGGAGACAUUUUCAAAGCAUUCCAUGACUGCUCUAAGUGGGGGGGGAUUUGAUGUUAAGUGGGUAUGUAUAAGACACUAUUUGGACUGCCAAUCUUUUGUUUGAAAUGCUUUUGUUGACUCUCUGUAGGAUUUUGAAUGACUUUGCCAUGAGCGCGAUUGUCUGUCUGUCUGUCUGUCUGUCUGUCUGUCCUUUUCUGAGUGCAAGCACUUGCGUGCGACAGGAGACUGCAUUUGGUCUGUCUGAAGAUAUUGCCACAAUGAAGGGUGAUUUUGUCCGAUGAUUUCAAUUGAACUGUCUUUAACUUGAAGUGUCCAAAAAUUGCCAAGCGGAGUGACCUUGAUCCCCCCUGACAGCAGGGCAGGGCUGGUGGUAGUUUUCAUCCAAACCGUGGUUUGGUCAUCUUAGGUUUGUUGAAAAACCAAAAUGAUUGUCUGCUAAUUUUUUGGGUCUCUUUCUUUCUGCUUAAAAAAACAAAAAGAGAACGCUGGUGAGUGUCGAGGAAUCGUCACUUUGGUUGUCCAUGAGAUGGAGCGACAUGUCUGUUUGGUGAGAAGAAACACUGCCUGUGUUUAGAUCUUUAAUACAUGAUGAAUAAAAUCAACUAUUUUGA